UUGUGUCAUGGGUAAACAGGCAGAAGCUACAAAAGUGUUCAAUGAAAUGAUACUUCAAGGCAUCAACCCUAAUGUGUAUACUUUUAGCAUAUUGGUUGAUGCAUUUUGUAAGGAAGGAAGUAUGACUAAAGCUGAAGCUUUUGUUGCUAUGAUGAUGAAGUAUGGUACAAUGCCUAAUCAUUUUACUUACAACUCUUUAAUGGAUGGUUACUGUUUGAUCAAUAAUGUUGGUGAGUCAAGAGAAUUACUCAAUAAGAUGGUCAAUAGUGGUUUGGCUCCUGGUAUUAUUACUUAUAGCAUUAUGAUUAAUGGACUUUGUAAAAUCAAGAUGGUGGAUGAUGCCGUGAAUCUCUUUAAAGAAAUGCGUCAUAAAAGCUUGACUCCCAAUACUAUCAUCUAUAGUUCCCUUAUCGACGGUUUGUUCAAGUCAGGCAGAAUCUCUGAUGUGCAAGAUGUUAUUUAUGAGAUGCAUGUUAGUGGCCAUACUCCUGAUAUAAUAUUUUACAGUAUUUUAUUAGAUGGAUUGUGCAAAAGUCAACAUCUUGACCAAGCAAUUGCAUUAUUUAAGCAAAUUGUCAACCAAGGAAUUGGGCCUGAUACUUACACAUAUACCAUACUUAUUGAUGGUUUGUGUAAGGGUAACAGAUUAAGUGAUGCGCAACAGAUUUUCCAGCUUCUUUUGGUUAAUGGUUAUCCUUUGAAUGUCCAAGCAUAUAAUGCUAUGAUCAAAGGACUUUGUACAGAGCGUUUAUAUGAUGAGGCAAAGGCCUUGCUCUAUAAAAUGAAAGAGAAUGGAUGCGUACCUAAUGCUAUAACUUUUGAAACACUUAUUAUACCUCUUUUGGAAAAUGGUGAGAAUGAUGAGGCAAAGAAUCUUAUCGACAAGGUAUUCAUCAAGGUCUCUUGA